CUUUUUUUUACUUGAAAAUGAAAAUUGCUAAACAAGCACAGCAUUUCAAGCAUUUCACUUCUCUUUCUGGAUUUGCCUCAAAACCAACAGUCUUUCUUUGAUUUAUGGCUAAUGAACUGUUAACACUCGAUUAAGAAACAUUGUCUCAUUACCUCAUUACCUCACACUCAUUCUCAUUUUCGUACACUUUUCUUCUUUUUCUUAUUUGUCCUGCAUCAAAGGCUUUUUAGUUUUUUACUUUUUCUAUUUUCUUUUUCAUUCCUCAACGGAAUGUCAUCUCAGCACUCUUACAACCAUCAGGACAUUGCUACUACGACAAGUCGGUCUAACGAGCAUAGUAACAAUAACAACUCGAUUAACCCAACAGGAUCAUAUUCAACAAACCAAAUAGCAUCUUCCUUAUCUGCACCUGCAUCUGCCCCUUCGUCUACUGCCACUCCUGAAACUAACGCUGGAACAAACAACCAAACACCAAUAUUCUCUGCAACCGGACCAACGUCUACAAGCGAGGUUCCAGAUCAACGUCCGCGGUCAAUCCACACAAGCGUCGAUAAUCCCCCUUCGAGUGUAGCCGCUGCCACCGUAACUGCUCCAACAACCACGGCCAUCUCCCCCAGCCCAUCAGGUCAAGCGCAAACCUCGUUAAGCAUCAUCGGCACAAACAUUAACGUUGGAUCUAGUGUAUUCUCCCUUCUCCGCCGCCACUUCCCAACCAUGUCUCUGAAUACGGACCAGCAGCAGCAACAACAGCAACAGCAAGACAAUAGUCGAGCAUCACAUUUACCGUUACCACUGCCCGAACGGGAGGAUUCCAGUCGUACUCGAUCAAUCACAUUCGGGACACUCAAGAAGGCAUCGAUGUCUGGUUAUUUACCCUCUUCUUCUUCCUCGUCUGCCUCCGCUGCAACUUCAGCAACAAUGGUGAUGAAAAAGUCGAAAAUGACCACCUUGCCAUCUUACUUUCAAUACACAACAUUCAAACAAUAUUUUCAGCCAGAAGGUCCUCCGAUCGACCUUCAGACAUUAGCAUCUACCAACACAGAUCGUGAGCCCUCAAAGCGUAGACGACUUCAUCUGGAUAGUCAUCGAAGACGACAUACACAUUUUCGUCAGGAUAGUGAUAGCAGCAGCAGCAGCAGUGGAGAGAGCACAAGCGGUGGCGGAGGUAGCAGUAGUAGUGGUAGUAGUAGUGGUAGUGAAUCUGCAAACAGCUCCUUUGAAAAUGAGAGAUGUUUGAACAACAGCACCAACACCAACCAUGACAAUAACAGCAACUCAUCCAAGCCAGACCGUCCACCCCUACGAUAUCAGUUGCCCUCCCGAUGGAGUACUGUGGAUAAAACAGAUAAGACAAGGCUUUCUGAAGAUGACUUGCAAGCACAUUAUUUCGGUCCAGGUGAAGUCGAUAGUGAUGCUGCUUCCAUUCGUGCCAAUCGACCGAUCCCACCGCAGUGUGGAGUGUAUUAUUAUGAAGUAAUGAUUAAAAGCAAAGGACAGAAAGGAUACAUCGGAAUAGGAGUAUGUAGUGCGAUGGUGCCACUAGACCGUCUACCAGGCUGGGAGCCACAGUCAUGGGGCUAUCAUGGUGAUGACGGCAACAGCUUUGGAGGCUGUGGCAAUGGGCGGCCCUAUGGACCCGUUUUUACCACAGGAGAUGUCAUUGGGUGUGGCAUCAACUUUCGGGAUAUGUCCUUAUUCUACACCAAGAACGGCGUCUACCUCGGGGUUGCAUUCCGAGAUCUGAAAGGAACACUCUAUCCGACAGUUGGGAUGAGAACUGCGGGUGAAGUUGUUGAAGCCAACUUUGGGCAGCGAGAGUUUGUUUACAAUAUUGAGGACUAUGUCAUGAAUGAAAAAAUCGAAGCAUGGCAAACAUUGGAGAAUUCAUUGCAGAGUACGUUGAGUGAAAGGCAUCAAAUGAGCUAUCUGUCACAGAGUUUGAGUGAGUUGAUCUUAUCAUACAUGAUUCACCACGGAUACUCUGAGAGUGCAAAGCAAUUUUCGAAUGAUCUUCUUCCUACACCCCUGCAACGUCAAGGUUCUUCAACAUCCGCAGCUAAAGAAUUUCAGAAUUAUCCUCCCUUGGUCCUUGAUACGGAGAGACGAAAAGAAAUUCGGGAUACGAUUUUAGCAGGAGAGAUUGAUCGCGCAAUGGAAUUGCUAGAUACAUACUACCCAGGGAUCACCAUGGAAAACGAAGAUAUGCUCCUUCAACUUCGAUGUCGCAAAUUUGUAGAGAUGGUCAACAAAGCAUCGACUCCACUCCGUAAAUUAGAUCAGCAAAAGACUGGGAAGGGUAAAGGAAAGGAUAAGGAUAAGGAUACAGUUAAAGGAGAGAUCAAGUCUCAUCCAAGAAGCUUCAUGGAUGUGGAGAUGACUGAUGUCAAUCGAGGUGAGGAGACGAUGGAGAUUGAUCAAGAGAGACCACCUCCGUCCUCCAUCUCAAUUUCAAAGAGGACUGCUCUUGAACAAGGAGACUAUAACAGCAACAAUAGUAACAGGAGCGAGGGACUGGAGGAACUUGGGGAUAUGUUGAAGGAUGCAAUUCAGUACGGACAAUCCUUACAUGAGCAGUAUAAGGAUAACCGACGGCUUUCUGUCCAAGAGAUGUUGGUCGACUCGUUUGCGAUACUGGCUUAUUCAGAUGCGGACCAUACUGCUCCAACUAGUUUACCAGCAACUAAGUCCCUGUCGUCGUCGUCGUCUUCUUCUUCUUCUUUAUCACAUCCUCUUCCUCCUCUUCAUUCCUCCUCUUCUUCUUCUUCUUCUCAUCAUCAUCGUCAUCAUCAUCAGCAUCAGCAUCGUCAUGGAUCGAAACCCAUUUCGCGUGAGAAGGUUGCUAAUACAGUCAACACUGCAAUCUUGGCUUCACAGGAUCUGCCGACGAUUGCACCGUUGGAGACUAUUUAUAGACAGACAAAUGUGGUGAUGUCAGAGUUGACCCGAUUGGGCGUUGGUUCAGCAGCGUUCCUUGAUGUGGAAAAGGAUUGUUUAGAGUAGGAAGAAUUAUCAUAAAACAUUAUAAAUAAUGUG